GCAUGCAAAGGGUACUUAUAAAAGGGGUGUGGGAGGGCUAUGUUUUCUAAGCAAGAAGAGUGUGUGACCUUUGUGAGGGAGAAGACUCUAAGAGGUUCUUUCAUUCAUCACUCUCUCCCAUUUCAAGAAUCAAACACUAGGAGCACUGAGAUUAUUAAGAUUUGGUUCAACCUCAAGGGACUUUGGUUUGCAUAAUCCUCUUCUUGUUUGAGUUGUUAUCUAAAGAUUUAGGAUAUCAUGGACGAUAAUGGUAUCACAAAUAAUGCAGUCAAGAACAAGUGGAUAAUGCCUCUAUCAGUUUUCUUCAAAGAUGCAAGCCUUGUAUUCAAGAUGGACUCCCUAGCUAAGGAGAUACUUGGGAUUGCAUUCCCAUCUGCACUUGCUGUUGCUGCUGAUCCAAUUGCUUCUCUUAUAGACACAGCAUUCAUAGGCCACUUGGGGCCGGUGGAACUUGCGGCUGCAGGAGUUUCGAUUGCUGUGUUCAACCAAGCUUCAAGGAUUACUAUUUUCCCGCUGGUCAGUAUUACAACUUCAUUUGUAGCUGAAGAAGAUACUAUUGAUAAAAUUAAUAGCAGAGCAGCAGAAAAGCAAUUCAAUGAAAGCAUUAAGCCAAAGACCAAUGAAGUAAUGCCUGAUGAUCAUAUGCUUCGAGACAUAGAAGCUGGUGCAACCAAACAGGAUUGUACCUUGAAAAAUGAGACAAAAAAUGGAGAUGAUACAAAUUCAAAGAUGAGCAAGUCUUCUAUUGUUACUGGCAAUGGUAACAAGAGUGAGUCAAAACCUAUAAGCAAGAAGAGGCACAUUGCUUCAGCAUCAACGGCAUUACUUUUUGGCACAGUCCUUGGUCUUAUUCAAGCUGCAACCCUUAUAUUUGCAGCUAAACCUCUAUUAGGUGCAAUGGGUUUGAAAUAUGAUUCUCCUAUGUUACCACCAGCUGUUAAGUACUUAAGAUUGAGAGCCUUGGGUGCUCCUGCAGUGCUUCUCUCCUUGGCCAUGCAAGGAAUCUUUAGAGGGUUCAAAGACACAACAACUCCUUUAUAUGUCAUUGUUUCCGGGUAUACAUUGAAUGUUGCUAUGGAUCCACUACUUAUAUUUUACUUCAAAUUGGGCAUCAGAGGUGCAGCCAUUUCACAUGUGCUCUCUCAGUACAUUAUGGCAAGUUGCCUCUUGUUGAUAUUAAUGAGAAAAGUGGAUCUCCUACCUCCAAGCAUGAAGGAUUUGCAGAUUUUCAGGUUUCUUAAAAAUGGUGGUCUGUUGUUGGCCAGAGUUAUAGCAGUGACAUUCUGUGUGACCUUAUCAGCCUCAUUAGCAGCAAGGUUAGGUCCAAUUCCAAUGGCUGCAUUCCAAACUUGCCUUCAGGUUUGGAUGACAUCAUCCCUUCUUGCCGAUGGUUUAGCCGUUGCUAUACAGGCAAUUCUAGCAUGUUCAUUUGCUGAGAAAGACUAUGAUAAAGUGACUACUGCAGCAACAAGGACACUGCAAAUGAGUUUUGUUUUAGGAGUUGGACUCUCUCUUGUAGUUGGGGGUGGAUUGUACUUUGGAGCUGGAGUAUUUUCAAAAGACGUUGCUGUUAUUCACCUAAUCAGACUAGGCAUCCCGGUAUAUUUUCCUAGCACAACACAAUGGAUUAGUUUGUUAUGUUUUAUAUUAGGUGUAAAAGUUAGUUAUACUAGUGAAUUACAUCUAAUUUUUUGUGUUCUAGUUUUAUCUAAUUUCAUUUUAACUCGCCAGUUUGUUGCUGCUACACAACCUAUCAAUUCAUUAGCUUUUGUCUUUGAUGGUGUGAACUAUGGAGCAUCUGAUUUUGCUUAUUCUGCAUACUCCUUGGUUCUGGUCUCAUUAGCCAGUGUUACUUCAUUAUUUAUUCUCUACAAGAGUAAGGGUUUUAUUGGGAUCUGGAUUGCUCUAACCAUCUAUAUGAGUCUUCGUAUGUUUGCUGGUGUAUGGAGGAUGGGAACGAGAACAGGACCCUGGCGUUUUCUCAGAGGCCGCUCAUUGUCUUGAGGAUAUAUAUUACAAAAAUAAAUUUCAUUGUGUAGCAUUACGUUUACAUCACUUUUCAUCCUUUUAGGAUCAAUUGUCUGUUUUUUAGGACACGAAGACUUCUCUAUACUAUAGUGAUAGAUAGUCUUGGACUGCUCCAUUUAUACGUGCUAGUGUUGUAUCCAGUAUCGUCAAUGUUGUCAAUUGCGGAUUGCCGAAAAUAGUGGUUCGUUCAAAUUCCGCACUGCUAAAGCCACUAUUUAACAACACUUUGUACUAAACAGUGUUACGCGGAACAAUAGCGAUUAAUUCAAAUUCCGCUACGUUAUAGCACUGUAGUACUGCUAUAGCCCCUAUUUGACAACACUGAGUAUUGUUAUAUCAAGUUUUUUCUCCCUUUUGAUGUAUCAUCAUGUGAUUAUGUUGUUGUACUUUGAAGAUUAUUCUUCCAGCUGUUAGUAUGUAAACUCGAAUGCAUAAUGAAAAAUAAAUUGCUUUACAAUCA